AUGAAACCAAGCCAGAAUGUAUUAGGUAGGUGAUUUUCUGCCUUCAAAAUAUUUCUGGGGGGCUCUAUAACUAACUCUCGGCAUAUUAGAUGCCAGAAAUUUGGCCGCAAAUGUGACGGCUAUCUCCCAGAGUAACCAUAGAGCCGGGUGUUUAGCAAUUUACGUCCUCGAACUCCUUCUAGUGGAUUUUAUAGUCCUAACUUUUCUGUUCACGAUACAGAAGACGAAAGCCGCUACUUCCAGGUGUUUUCCGAAAGAACCGUGCAUGCUCUUUCUGGUUAUUUUGAAGGUACUCCAAGCAGCCAUUUCUGGACCCGACUCGUUCUACAAGAAACUCACAACCUAAGCGCCAUUCGACACGCUGUCAUAGCUCUUGGUGCUCUUACGAAGAGUUUGGAGAAUGCCCCGCCACCGAAUCUGAAGGUCAACAUGACCCAGACAGUCGACCAAAAACAUCAUGAACAAGCGGUUUUACAGCAUCUCAAGGGAAUACAGGCGUUGAAACAAUACAUAUCCUCAUCUCGAUCGCCACAAUUGAGGAAUACGCUUAUCACUUGUUUACUUUUUACUUGUUUUGAAAUCCUUCAGGGGAGCUAUGUUUCUUGCGUACAACAAAUUCAUGGCGGGCUUAAAAUGUUGAAAAGUUAUUAUGGUGGAAAUCCAACAAUGCUCUCUCCGACUUUAAACCCUCCUGCCCACCAACGCAGGGCCUCAGCAAGAUACGUGGUUCUUCCGCAGAAGAUUGAAGAUCAGUUGCACAAUGGAGGUUUUGAAAUUGAGUCACCUAUAGGAGCACACAUUCAAGAAUUCCUCGAGGACAAGAGCAUUUCGCAGCCUGAAAUCGGCAUUCAGGCACCGUCUCCGGUCCUAAGCAGUUCUUUUGGAUUUGAACUAUCACAUCCAGAUCACAAAAACAUGUUGUAUGGCUCAUCUGGGGCGGGGCCGCACGUCAGUCAUGAGACUCUGGGUUACUCACUAAACGAUUACCUGAACGCACUGCCUAGCAAUAUGCUGAAUUCCAAUUGGGGGUGGUUGCAAAGCAAUGAAGACCUUCCUUCUAGUCGAUCGACCUCGGUAAAUUCGUCACCCAUCCUGGGCACAAACAUGUCAAGAUCUUCUUCAUUGUCUCUUCCUUCAGCCCAAACAUCAUCAGCUGGUGCACAGAAACAAAUCUUCUCACGAGAUCCGAGCCCACCACUUCUCCUGCAAAACGACCUCGUUCUAGAAGAUAUCUUGGUUCAAGCCUUUGUGCGUCUUGACGGCCAUGGCCUUUUCUUUGGAAUAGCGCCAUCAAUUCCUCCCUUAAUUUGGGAUGUACAACAUGCUCACCAUUUACCGAUUCCAAACUCUUUUACGAACUUCCAUAUAGCGCAUCGUUGUUGGGAUCAUCUUAUGGAUCGUGCGUUGCAGUUCUACCGUCGUGUUCUGUUUAGCAGAAACUUUGCCCCUGAGACUUCUGACUCCCGAAGCGACAUCGAUAGCCAGGUCCUAUUCUGGAGACAUCAACUAUCCUCUUUCGAGUCCGCCUCUCGGCCAUUUCACGAUGUUGCAACUAAAUUUGACGGUACAGUCAUCAAUCCUGCCGCUCUUGUCAUCUCGCUUUAUCAAAAGUGUACAACCGUUGCUCUGGCAAUUGUAUCAGAGGAUUCAGCAAUGGUAUAUGACUCUUUUCAGCAGGAGUUUAUAUACAUCGUCCGCAUAUGCAGGAUGUUGGUAACUUCACGAGGUUUGACCCACCAACUUCCACAAAUGCCACGCUUCAGCCUCGAUGCUGGAAUCAUUCCAGCUCUCCACUUUACCGCUACUAAAUGUCGAGACCCCGUGGUCAGACGUGAAGCCCUGGAUCUUUUAUUCUCGAAUCCAGUGCAAGAAGGGAUGUGGGAUGCCAUUUUGAGCGCACGGGUUUGUCGCUGGGUCGCAAGCUGGGAAGAAGAGGGACUUUCUCUGCCUCAACAUGGACCGCAUAUGGGGGCGAUGCCAGAAAUACAAGGAAUGCCGACUAAUCACUUCCAAUACAUGGAUUCAAGUUCUGAUUUGAGAAAACAGGACCAAUGGGGUCAUGAAAACAGAACAGUAGAAGUUUUCGACAGCAUGAACACAAUUGGAUUAAACCAGCACUUAAAUACUGAGCAAACUGGGAUAUAUCUUGGUGCCCAAAACCAAACAUCACGGGCUGGGUCUCGAGCAGGCCAAAACAACCACUGGGUUGUCCCAGAAGAAAAUCGAGUCAGGCUUACGCUUGUCGAUUACCAUAUCGCUGAUUGGUUUAUCAAGGUUCUGAAUGAGAAAUCAUUGCUGAAUAUUGAUGGAACAAGGGAUGAGAGAAAGGCCAUCAUUGCUUGGUGA